CCCUCAUUUACAAUCAAUUCAUCUUGAGCCUUUUUUUCUUAUUCUCUAUUCUCUUUAUUAUUGUUCAUUAUUUUUCUCUUCUACUUCAAAGUCAUAAAAGGUUAAACCAAUUUAACAAUUUGUUUCAAAAUGGAUUCACAAGUUUGUGAAACUUUAGCUUAUGAUGUAGAAAUCAAGGGCGAUAAUCUUCUCAUGUCACUAAUGGAAGAGUUGCCAUGUGAUGAAAAUGAUGAUGAAAGAUUAGAUAGCUUGAUAAGAUCUUUUGAGGCUGAAAUUAGUGAAAGCAAGAUGGGUGAUCAUGAUGAUUCAACAAGUAUAGAAUCACUACAAAUGAAGAGCAAUUUUGAAGAGAAUUACAAUGAAUUAUGGAACAUAGGACAAGUGGGUGAAGAGCAUGAAUUUGUGAUUGAAUGGGUUGAUAUGGAUUUGAUACCAUCCUUCCAAUUUGAUGAUGGGAGUUGGGAGUGUUUUGGAGAUGAGAAGGAUGUCAUGAUGGUUGAUCAUUUAAUGGUUUGUGAUGAUGGGUUUGAAUUUGAUAUGGAAGAACAUGCUUACAAUUCAUUUUGGCAAGAUAAUUAUGAGAUGGGUUUGGUUCAUUAGUUUGUCUUAUUGCUUAUGUAUAUAGACUAUAGUCAUGUUUUGUAAUUAAUUCUCAAUCCCUUUUCUGUUGAGAUGAUAUGCAAAAAGAGUUUAUGAA